AUGGCGGCCGGGGAGCGGAACGGCGAGGGGAGGCGGGCGCACGCGGCGAUGGUGGACUCUCAACUCAUCAACGCCGGGUACCACGUGGUCGCGAAGCUGGCGCUCAACGUCGGCGUCAACCGCGUCGUCUUCUGCGUCUUCCGCGACCUCCUCGCCCUCGCCGUCCUCGCGCCCCUCGCCGUCUUCCAACAUCGCGGCUCGCACGCCAAGGCUCUGCCACCUGUUACCUGGAGGCUCCUGGUCUCCUUCUUCGUCCUCGGUCUCACGGGCAUCUUUGCCAACCAGCUGCUGUUUUUGCUUGGCCUCAGCUACACCAACCCCACCUACGCCGCCGCAAUUCAGCCGUCCAUUCCUGUUUUCACCUUCAUCUUAGCCGUCAUCAUGGGGACUGAAUCUGUGAGCUUGGUCUCGAUUGAGGGUCGCACCAAGAUUGGUGGCACGGUAGUCUGUGUGCUCGGCGCUGUCCUCAUGGUGCUAUACAGGGGACCAGCGCUGUUGGUAGCGGCGAGCUCGAGCUAUCAAGUCACGCAUACUCAAUACUUUUUUGGAGCUAUUCUGAUGGUCAUUUCUGGAACUUUUGCAAGAAAUGACAAAAAGGACUGGUCUUUGACUCGAUCAGAGCUUGCUGCUGUUGUAUAUGCUGGUGUUAUCUCGUCGGCUCUUAAUAAUUGUUUAUUAACAUGGUCCAACAAACUUCUGGACCCUGCUAUGGUUGCUCUGUACAUCCCUCUUCAACCAGUGCUCUCUGCCUUUCUGUCGAUGCUUUUGCUGGGAAGCCCAAUUUACCUUGGAAGUAUCAUUGGUGGAUUUCUGAUCAUCUCUGGUUUAUAUCUGGUCACCUGGGCCCGGCAUAGAGAAAAGAUGAGCGGCAUUGGACCAUCUUAUACAAAAUGUGAAUUGGAACCCCUUGAUAGUGAUUCUAAAGAAGUAAAUAGUGUAAACCUGGCCUCUAAGUCCUUCAUGCCACUUUCUAGUUCGUGGAAUGUACCAUCUUAA